GCACUCGAUCCUCGCUACCGCACGCGCCACCACCCCCCGUUACUGCCACCGCCGCCCGCCUUCCUGCUCGCAGCUCACACAACUCGCCCACUCGCCUCAUUGCACGGCUCGUGCAGCACCAGUUCGCCUGAUCCUCUCCGACGUCGCACACUCACGCGCCACCCAUGACACAUUGAGUUAUGACUGCCAAGAACAAGAGAGCCUCCGAACCCAGAAGAGCCAACAAGCCCCUGAUGGAGAAGAGACGCCGGGCGCGGAUCAACCAGAGCCUCGCCGCCCUCAAGACGCUCAUCCUGGACUCGGCCAAGGCGGACAACACCAAGCACUCCAAGCUGGAGAAAGCGGACAUCCUGGAGCUGACCGUGAGGCACUUCCAGAGGCACCGCAGCCUGGACGUCAAGGGGGUGAACCAGUACAAGGCGGGGUACUCGGACUGCGUGCGGGAGGUCCAAAGAUAUUUGGACACCCCGGAUGCGCAGACCAUGACCAUCAUCGACGCAGGAGUGAGACAAAGACUUUUACGCCACCUCGACAACUGCGUGGCUGAAGUGGACAUGGACAUCCGAAACGCCGCCGUCCCGCCGCCCCCGGAAGAGCGACUGCAGCCCCCCGAUUCCAGCACUUUGGAAGAAGUCAACAACAACCAAAACCGCCUAGAAAUACCCAAAGAAGCCGAACCUGUUCCUCCCCCGAACAAACUCGUCAAAAACUAUGACGGGAAUUUCGUCCUGCUGCUGCCGGAACAUUACCUGCAGCUUGCGAAUGCCUUGGGGGUUAACCUGCGACCGAACGAGGCAGGGACGGACCCAGGACCGGGGAGCUCGUCAGGGGAACCCGAAAAUUGUCCGUCCAAACAAGACAGGAUAAACAACGGGGAGAAACCUCUGGAUUUUAGUAAAAACAAUGACAGUUGUGAUAUGUGGAGGCCAUGGUGAUUUGGUAGUCGGUGUUGAUGUACAAAGUAUGUUACCAUAGAUUUUUUACUUUGUGUGUUGAAAUCGUCGCAGUCUGACGGUUGUCCAGUUCUAGUCACCCGAUUUGCAAUCCUGCUUUGCUGUAUUUAUUAUUACAAGUUGCUUUGUUACUGAUAGACUGUAUUAAUGUAAAUAAAGUUAUGAGAGAAUCGUACUGACACUUUUUUGUCUUUCAAGUUGUAAAUUUGUAAAUGAAUUUAUUGUA